CUGAUUUUUGGUUGGAAUUCUUUUCUGGAUAAAUUUAUGGACUUUUAAGAAAAUAAAUCCCUCACAUCUGGGUUAUUUUAUUUCUUGAUUUAAUGGGGUUUGUAAGUUACAUAAAAACUUACCAUAAAUAGAGUUGGUUUUUAUAUUUAACCCCCUAUUUUCCCUUUGAGUUUAAUUUUGUGGUACCUUUUGGGUGGGGGUCAUCAAGUGCAACUGUUUCUUCAUCCAGUAUGAGGAGCUGGCUUGUUGAUAGCAGAGCAAUAGCAAAGAAAGUAAAAAAUGCUUCAUGGUCUUCUUCCGUUCAAAUCACUGAUUGCGGAGCGAAUCGUGAAUGUCCCAACUGUCUUUAUCGUAUCGAUAACAGCGAUGUGUUUCCUCAAUGGCCUGGCCUUCCAGUGGGAGUGAAGUUUGAUCCAUCUGAUUCAGAGCUUUUAGAUCACUUAGCCGCUAAGUGCGGUGUCGGAGACUCGAAAGAACACCUGUUUAUCGAUGAGUUUAUUCUGACGCUCGGCGAGUGUCAGGGGAUUUGUUACACUCAUCCUGAGAAUCUUCCAGGUGCAAGAAAGGAUGGAAGUAGCAUCCACUUCUUUCAUCGAACGAUUAAUGCUUAUUCGACUGGUCAGCGGAAGCGCCGGAAAAUCCAGAAUCAAGAUAACACAAACGAGGAGCAUGUUCGUUGGCAUAAGACGGGAAAGACUAAACCUGUUACGGAAAACGGAGUUCAUAAGGGGUGGAAGAAGAUAAUGGUUCUCUAUAAAAGUACAAAGAAAGGGUGUAAACCCGAAAAGUCGAAUUGGGUGAUGCAUCAAUACCAUCUAGGGGAUACGGAAGAUGAGCACGAUGGGGAAUAUGUGGUCUCUAAGAUUUUCUAUCAACAGCAGAAACAAACUGAGAAGAACGAUGAUAGCCCAAUAACUGAAGAACCGGAUAACUUGAUGAUUCGCACUAGUCCGAGGACCCCUAAAACAAUUACUCCUGAUCCACCUCGGCCAUGGAAGUCUAUGAUACUUGAUGACAUUGAAGAAAAUAUGCACCAGGAAGCAAAAUUUGCUGUAGAAAGAUCUGAUGUACAUACGGAUGCUGUUCAAUGCGAGGAUAAUUCGCACUACCCGGCAUGGUUGGCUGGGGAAUCUCAGGCUGUGGAAAAUCCCGACUUUAAUGGCUUUGAUGAAUUUUUGCUAUGCAAUGAGCUUUUGGAUUCCUCUUCCCUGCCAACGACCAACGACCCUAAAGCUGACGGUGCUGCAAUUGAGACGAAAGGAAAUAACGAUGCGUCUUGCGGAAUUUCUGAGCUCGAGAACUUGGAGUUCGAUACACCACCUGAUGUAACCCUAGCUGAUCUACAAUUUGGCUCUCAGGAAAGCAUUCUUUCGUGGUUAGACCGAUUAUGAACACGAUGCAGAGUGUUCCCCGAUGACAAAGUCCCAAGUUUUGUGUUUGUCUAUUGUCUCCCCAAAGCUAGACAAUACUUGUUUUUGCUUUGGGGGGGGGGGGAUAGUGAGUUUGUUUGAUCCUCGGUUUCUUCAUUCAAGGCUAUUUGACGCUUGUUCCAUCCCGGUCGGAAGCUUGUGUUUCCGAAUAAAAGCUGCUGGUUGUGUGAAGAAAGAUGGUAGGUGUUGUUUCCAUGGAAACACAAAACAGUUGAUGUUUGUAUUGGAACUAAAAUUUGUAACUAUUGAAAAUGAUUACAAUCUGAGCUAUUGUUUUUCCUCUUUGGGGGGAAAAAAUGUUUAGCAUUUGAUGAUGAUGUUAUGUAAGAUAAUUCGAACUCCUUCUCUGUGUGAAAUGUUGAGGUUCCAUGCUUCCGUC